AACUGCACGACUUCAACUUCAAAAAGGAGAAAUAAAUGUUAUUGCCCGACGAAUAAAAAAAAGAUGCAACUUCACUUGAACGGCUUUUCCGACUCACUCUUUCAAUUAUUUAUACUCUCUCACCUCUGCAAAUCUCUACGCCCCUCUUUCUCUUUUCUCUCUCUCUCUUCCUCACUUUACUUUGUCCAUGGAAGGAAAAGCAAGACCUGUCCUUCUUUUCUUUUCCUUCACCAUUUUCCUUUCCCUCUCCACCACUUCCUCAUCCUCACUCCGGUAUCACACCCUUGUUCUGAACCCUCUCCCUAGCCAGCCCACACUCUCAUGGCCAGCCUCCGAUUCCGAAUCAGAAACGCUCACAGCAUCCAACGCCACCGAAAUAGACCCAGAAGAGUCCACCUUAUCCGUACAGUUACAUCACUUGGAUGCACUGUCCUUAAACAAAACCCCUCAACAACUCUUCUGUCUGAGGCUCCACCGUGAUGCUUCGCGAGUUGUAGCUUUGUCCUCUCUUGCUGCCUCAGCAGCUGCAGCACCCGGUGGGCGCGUCACUGGUGGGUUUAGCAGCUCCGUCAUAUCUGGUCUAGCGCAGGGCAGCGGCGAGUACUUCACGCGCAUAGGCGUGGGCACGCCUCCAAGGUACGUUUACAUGGUGCUGGAUACCGGGAGCGACAUCGUUUGGAUCCAGUGCGCUCCGUGUAAGAAGUGCUACUCUCAAUCUGACCCGGUUUUCGACCCACGUAAGUCCAGAUCUUUCGCUGGGAUCCCCUGUGGGUCCCCUUUGUGCCACAGGCUUGAUUCACCGGGCUGCAAUACUCAAAAGCAGACAUGCAUGUACCAAGUAUCCUACGGUGACGGAUCUUUCACUUUUGGUGAUUUCGCCACUGAAACGCUGACGUUUCGCCGUACUAGAGUUGGGCGUGUAGCUCUCGGGUGCGGCCACGAUAAUGAAGGACUAUUCGUCGGUGCUGCGGGUUUGUUGGGACUUGGCCGGGGUAGGUUAUCUUUUCCCUCACAAACCGGUCGCCGGUUUAACCGGAAGUUUUCUUACUGUUUGGUAGACCGGUCUGCUUCUUCUAAACCAUCCUCCGUGGUUUUUGGAGACUCGGCCAUCUCUCGAACCGCCCGCUUCACUCCGCUGAUCUCAAACCCCAAGCUGGACACUUUUUACUACGUUGAACUCCUUGGGAUCAGUGUCGGUGGCACUCGUGUCCCUGGUAUCACUGCAUCUCUAUUCAAACUCGAUCAAACUGGCAAUGGCGGUGUGAUUAUUGAUUCGGGCACGUCCGUGACUCGUUUGACGCGACCCGCUUACAUAGCCCUUCGGGAUGCUUUCCGCGUCGGAGCUACCAGUUUAAAGAAGGCACCCGAGUUCUCUCUAUUCGACACCUGUUUUGAUUUAUCUGGGCAGACGGAGGUGAAAGUUCCAACCGUGGUGUUGCACUUUCGCGGUGCUGACGUAUCUUUGCCGGCGUCUAAUUAUCUGAUUCCUGUGGAUAGUAACGGUAGCUUUUGCUUUGCGUUUGCGGGUACAAUGAGCGGGUUGUCGAUAAUAGGGAAUAUUCAGCAACAGGGUUUCAGGGUUGUCUACGACUUGGCCGGUUCACGGGUCGGGUUUGCUCCACGUGGGUGCGCCUAAAGGCGUAAUUAGUGUGCGUUGCGGUAAAGGAUAGAAGCUCUUAUCUCUUCCUUUUUUUUUUAUUAUUUUUUUUCCCCUUGGGUUUUGUGGUUCCCAGAAAGAGUGUAGGAUUUGGGAUGAUGUCCACUUGUUGGUUGGUUGUUUGUUGUAUAACUCGCAGACGAGGGUAAAAUCGUUAUAUAUAAGGCUCAAAUUCAGCUUGAGUUAACAUUAUGAGAACCUAAAAUGCAAAUUUCCUUUGAUUAAUACAA